GACAAAGAGAGAGGGACUAUACUGCCUUAAGUUCUCCAGCUCACAGAACUCCACAUGAGACACACAUGAGGGCAGGACAUCAACCCCUACGACACGAUGGUAAAGAUAAUGAUCCUGAUGAUGGCACCAGCACAGACUUAUUUGCUGCUCUAAAGAGCACAUUUCUUCGAUCUGUCUGCGUGACCACAAAGAAGAAGCCAUUGGAUGAUAAUCUGCGCGGAUCUGGAGGACACUGAAUGGAAGUAAAUUAGAGAAGAGGAGGCGUAAGAAACAAACGGAGGAGCGCCUCAUUCAACACCCACCGAGCUUUCUUUGGGUGUAGAGUUUCACUUCAGGAUUUUGUUUCGUUGGAGACAACACACUGUGGCACGAAAGGAUCUGGAUUUAACGGAGGGAGAGUCGGGAAGAAGCCGUUUUAUUGAGUCAUGAAGAAGAACGGUUCAACAAAGCGGGGACCUCAGGACGCCAAUCAACAGCCCAUGCAGCCCGACAAAACUGGCUGGAUUCGCAAGUUCUGUGGCAAAGGAAUUUUCAGGGAAAUUUGGAAAAGCAGAUUUGUUAUUCUGAAAGGAGAGCAACUCUACAUUUCUGAAAAAGAGGUCAAAGAUGAGAAGAAAAUCCAGGAGGUGGUGGAUCUCACCGACUACGAGAGAUCUGAAGAACUUCGAAAGGCCAAAAGCAGGAGCAAAAAGAAUCACAGCAAGUUCACGCUUCUGCGUUCACGGCAGCCAGGCAACACGGUCCCAAAUCUGGUGUUUUUGGCUGUCAGUCCAGAAGAGAAGGAGUCAUGGAUCAAUGCUUUAAAUGCAGCCAUCACCAGGGCCAAGAAUCACAUAUUGGAUGAGGUGACAGUGGAAGAGGACAGCUUAUUGGCCCAUCCGACGCGUGACAGAGCUAAGAUACCCCACACUCGCCGUCUGCCCACCCGCGGGCACCUCAUGGCUGUGGCUUCCACCACAAACUCGGAUGGCAUGCUGACACUUGACCUCAUCCAGGAAGAAGACGUCCCUUUUGCGCAGGAGCAGGACUCUCAUGAGGAUACCCUCGAUAAAGAUGCUUCUCAGCAUACCCCAGAUACCCAGCGCUCCAUCACAGACACCUCAAAGCUCUCAACCUGUAAUGAGACCUCUGUUAAGUCCCAGAGUCUGCCGAGGAAAAGCGAGAGUGCCUUCGACUGGUCGGAGAACCAUAGGACGCCGCAGCUCCGCAAAAAAAUGCCUACAUCCGACAAGAACCGCUGUGCUUCCAUGGAUGAGAUCCUCACGCACUGUGAGACACGAGCCCUCCCUCACUGCUCAACUUCAGCGCCUGUGCAGCCCAUCAGCCAGCUACAGGACCUCAUCACCCAGAAGCUAGAAAGAACUCAAGAACUGCUAAUGGAGGUCCGGGCGCAGGGCACAGGGAAGGGCUCACCGGCUGGGAAGAGCUCCAGCCCGGAGGGUCAGCGGAUGGAGGCGGAGAGGCUUCUGGAGGAGGCGGCGUCCACUUGGGGACAGGCUCGUGACGUGCUGGAGGAAGUAAAAGAACUCAGAGCUUUAUACAAGCAGCUUGACUCCGCCACUUCUGUCACACUCAGUCCUCCACAGAACGGCAAACUAAAAAGCCCGCAACAAUCAAAUCACCGGAAAAGCAUGAUGUGAGACUACAGAAAGUCCUCCAUGGCAUAAUUUGUCAAUGGACUCUUCCUGUUGACUGCUUUUGUAUUGCUGGAAUCAACAAAAAAUGAAUAACAUGAGCUAUAUGUGUAUGUGUGAAUUGUUAAAGAGCAAAUCUAGUUUCUUCCACUCCCUAAUAUCAGCAACAGAACAGAAAUAUGAAGUGCUGGUGGUUUUACAAAAACACAAGCUGUUGCUUUGUACCCUCCGGUGUCAAUUUUCACAGUAAUGUCGACAGGGAGAGUAAAAGCACCGAGUCAUUGAGCGGCCCAUCAGGGUAAGACAGGGUGAUGUUGUUAUCAUCACCAGCCUGUCACAAUGUGAAUGUUUUCUUUCUGUUUCAUAAUACACUGGAGGAGCUAAGUUUCAAAACGAUCGCUGACCCCUAGGUCUAUUAUAUUCCCUGGGUCAUUUUUGUACGUAAUAAUAAUAACAAUAAUAAUUCCCAGCACACUUGCUCUGCUGUUAACACAAACCAAGCUCAUAGUAAGAUGCUAUCAGGGUGUAGCCAAAGGCGAUUGGAGGAAUGAUCAUGGAUAGUACAGCGUGGUCUUUGUCUGGCAGUGCUCUGUAUGCCAUCACAUGGGCUCUAUUUGUGAACAAAGCCAUGAACGUGAACACAUAUGACGUCUGGUGCCAGUGUUGCUGUGGAAAGUGGAGGACGAAACAGCUGCCAUUAAAGACUAGACUCCAUGCAGUAAAGGAAACUAUUAUUAAUAAUUACACAUUUGCACUAUGGAGAAUGCUGUAAAACGAGAGUGACACUGGCAAGCCAUCUUUUUAAACCUAAGAGGCAGAACAGACAAUCUACUGUAGGCAGGGAAACAUUGGUCGUGUAGCUCCAAAUCUUUACACCUAAGUGGCAUUUCCGAAAAUGUUGGUGUCUCUCAAAAUCAAAAGCUGCCUUAGUGUAUUUUCAAAAGGGCGCAUGCAACCUGCUUUUCAAACUCUUCAAAGACUCUGAAUGCUUGUAUAUUUUAAUAGUCCAAAAAAGUUUUUGCCUGCAAGUUGCCUGCACCUCAAAAGAAGCUUUUAAAGCGGGAUUUUAUUUUGCUUGCGCUUUGCUUCGCAGGAAUUUGGGCUCUGGGGAACUAUGCAAGAUUGCAUGGGUGAAACUCAAGAAAACGGUCAAGAACAUGGACACGAGUCAUAUUUCACAUCAAAAUUUCUGUGAGAAAACAAAGAAACUGUAUUUUGCCUAAAGUAAAUGAAGCAUAUUUCUAUUUUACUUUAGAGAAUAAUUUAAUUUAAUUUAUUUCUUUAUUUUUAUGAAAAUUAAGCACAUUUACCCAUCUUGUUCUCAUUACCGUAUUCAAUUUAUGAAGACACAUAAUGUUAAAAAAUAAUUAUAUUUUACUACUAAAUAUAAUUUUAUUGUAUUACUUUGCUAAAAAAAUCUGAAAAUAGUAAUUUACCAGUGCAUACCAGUCAUAAAAAAAAUUAUAGUCCUGUUUAAUUCAUUUCCUUUAUGCAAUAUAUAAUUUCUAAUAUUAUUAUUAUUUAUUUUGGUGUAAAAUGUGACCCAGACAAGUUUACUGAGAUUCCCCCACCUAUAAACUUGAAAUAAUCCACAGGUAUCAGGAUUUACUGGCAGUGUGCAGUACGGUAUAGCGUUAAAACGACCAAACGGUACGUCUUGCCAGUAUAAAACACCUUGUUUUACAGUUCGUAGCUAAAUAAUGUGUUUGCACAAUUCUAUGGGCACAGGUCAACCUGUUCUGUUACGAAGACUUGAUUAUAAACAGUGUUAUAUUUUUUUUACAUUUUAUUGUAAAGUGCUUUUUUGUAGAGAAAGACUUGUAGAGAAACGUUUGACUUAGAAAACCACUUUCCUGGAAACACAACUCAACCAGACAUUCCUUGCAUCUAGAAUCGUGUCAUUAAAAAUAACUGUAAAUUUCCGCUUCCAAAGGUAAUAAAGCACAAAGCCUAUGGCAGUCCUUAGCUUUUUUAAAAUUUUUAAUACAGUUAAAUAAUUGUUUUUAUUCACUAGCCUCAUAUUUUAAGUUAUAUUCUUAUCAUAUUAUCGCUACACAGAUGCCAAAGGUUUUCUUUACCUCGUACAACUCUUAUCUCAAUCAGAGCAAUGUCGUGUGAUCUUUUCUGAACUGGUUUUGUUUUUCAGCUGGCUGUGUUCUGAUCUGAUUUUUUUCUGACAGUGCCAGCGGUGGGUGAAUCUAAUUACCCGCGCAUCUGUCAGGUAGCCAGGAUCUUUCCUAACACACAGGUCUUAUCACAUGAAAUAACAGAAACCGAGCCAAUUUAUUCCUGUAGUUUGAUAGUCAUACAUAAGUCAUUUAGGACACAUUGUCGUUUACUUUAAGUUGACAUCACAAACCACGUGAGCUGAUGUUUCCUUAAUGCUUUUUCAAAUUAUUUAUGUAUGCCAUAAGAUUGUUCACCUGUUGUCGCUAUUUUCCUGAACUUCUACAGACCUUUGAUAAAAUGUGAAUGAAGAGGGAAAUCUCUCAUUUAGAUUUGACUGUGUUAUUGUGUUCAGACUAGUAAUUUUGCAUAGGGAUGUUGAAUUUAGUGAGUCAGUGCUAGAAUGCCACUGGGAAAAAAAAGUCUUAUGCAAUCAGAAAGGAACAAACAAUUGGUUUUGCUUAAUUCAAAUGACAGAGUCUGGCUAUUUGAAGGCUUAAGUUAGAGACAUGCACAUUAAUACUGAUGAAAACCUGAAUGUUUUUGGAACAUUCCAUUAUCCUCACAAACACAAUCUCUCAGAUGGACAGUUAUUUAGAAGCUGCUGGUAAACAACUCAGAUACUCAAAUGUCUUUUCUGCUCUUGCUAAUCACAUUUAUAUGGACAACUGUAAAUCUCUGUGUACAUUCUUUUUAGCUAAUUGUAAAUGGGGGUCAGUUUGCAGUGCGGAGAGCAGAACCCUGUAAAUGGGUGUUUGUAAGCUCAGGACCGGCUCAUUUCUGAUGUACUUGAGACACAACCACUUGUGCAAUUAAAGUGAUCCUCAUUUAA